UUUUUUUUUUUAAUUUUUUUUUUGUAAGAGAGAUAUACGAGUUGCUUCUUCUCCUUUAGAAGUAGCUUCACCCUUCCCCAAGGGUUAUUACCCUUUUCUCUAUCUUCUCUCCCCCACUUCCUCAACAAUAAUAAUCAUGUCUUGUUUUUCUCCUCCUUUUAUAAAUAACACACACUGCAACAAAAACAUCAAAAUAUUCAGAUCUGCUAGCUAGUUAGACAUUGUAGUUCCAAUAAGUUUCUUCUUUUUUGGUUUUGUUUGUGAUAGAAAGAAACUUUUGGCCUUUAAAGAUUAAUAACUAGCUAGCUAGGUUUCAGCAUGCAAGAGAGUCAGAGAGAAGGAGAGAAAGGGAUAUGGGAGGUGGUGCCAUUUGUAGUUAUGGUGGUAAUGGAAGGUUGUACCAUAGCUCUAACCAUUUUUGCAAAGACUGUGAUGACCAAAAAAGGAAUGAGUCCAUUCGUCUUUGUUGUUUAUAUGCACGCCCUUUCCUCUCUCAUCCUCCUUCCCUAUUCCUUCAUUUUUCACUACAAGGACAGAACACAGCAACCAUUCUUCACUUCCAGUCUCUUCCUCCGACUCUCCUUCAUGGGCUUAACGGGGAUAACUAUAUCUCAAAACCUCGCAUUUCUUGGCCUAUCUUAUAGUUCUCCUAUUGUUGUAUGUGCAAUGGGCCUUUUGAUCCCUUCUUUGUCCUUCAUUCUUUCUAUCAUUCUCAGAAAAACAAAACUAGAUUGGAGAAACUCAAGCUUCCGAGCCAAAGUAACAGGGACAAUAAUAUCAUUCAUGGGAGCAACAAUGGUGGAACUCUAUAAAGGUCCACUCAUAAGAAAGUCUAAACUUUCUUCAUCUUCACAUCCAUCUUAUCCCACAAUCAACAAAUUUCUUAUAUACUCCUCAAAACCUGAAUAUUGGGUUCUCGGUGGCAUUUUACUUGCAACUUCUUCUCUGUCUGUCUCUGUUUGGAAUAAUGUACAGGUGGGAACUGUAAAACAGUACCCACAAGUAAUGAAACUGGUCUCUUUUUAUAGCUUAUUUGGGACAAUUCAAUCUGCAAUGUUGUGUUUAUUUCUGGAAAGAAACCCGGAUGCCUGGAAACUGAAAGUUGAUACGGAACUGCUUCUCAUUGGGUUAUCAGCAGUUUUUGCGGGUUUAAUUAGGAGCCAUGUCCACAUGUGGUGCAUGCAAUUGAAAGGCCCGUUUUAUGUCCCCAUUUUCAAGCCAUUUGGCAUUGUUUUUGCCACCAUUUUUGGUGUAAUCCUCUCUGCUGUUCAUUAUGGCAGUGUGAUAGGAGCAAUUAUAAUUGGAACGGGGUACUUCGGUGUUAUGUAUGGGCAAUUGAAAGAAGAGGAAUUAGAAGCCCAACAAGAUGAUAAGGUGAAAAUCAUGGAAUCUUGCGAAGAUGAGAAAGUGCCUCUCUUGCAAGAAGAAAACAUUGUAUAGAAUCUUGGAGAGCUAUAUCAACGUCAAUAUAUUAAAGAGAAAAAUGCUCCCAAACAUAAGCAUUUCAUUAAUGUUUUUGAUUGCGAAGGGCCAUUGUUUGGAGAUGAAUUAAAUUAAGUUCGAAGUUACCUCUCUGAUACGAUUAGUGAUUAGAAGUUGUGCAUUAGUAGUUUCUGUGAAUAUGUGUGGAUAUGGAAAAAAAAAAGUUUUGAGUUUUUUUUUUUUUUUUUUGGUGAAUAGGUAAAAAAAGUGUGUUAUGUAAACAUGAUGGUUUUCCGGCUAUAUAUGCUUGUAUAUUAGUCAGGAUAUAUAUAUAUAUAUAUAUAUGUGUGUGUGUGUGUAUAAAAAGGACUGUAAAUGAGACUAAAAUAAAAAUCAGUAUAUUUUGUGAGGACGAAUAUAUG